GCUCCUUCGGAGCACCCGAAGGCGCCUGCCGGACCGGCCCUACCGCUGACGGGCAUGCGGCGGGCUCCCUUCGGGGCUCCGGGGACCUCCGGGCUCUGCCGUUUGUGCAGGUGCGCUGCGCAGCUCCGUCGCCCUCCCGCGGGGCGGCGAGGCUUCACACACCAGGAAGCGGAGGCGGCCGAUUCCCGUCCCCGUCGGGAGGGGGAGCCGUUGCAGCCGCUGGCCGGAGGGUCCCUCUCCGAGGGGCUGAGAGAGGAGGGGGAGGAGCCUCCCGCGUGGGCAGCCGAUGGCGAGGGAUGGAACCGAAGUGCGCCCUGGCAACCCGGUGGCUGCAGGGAUCCAGGGCCCCCCAUGCAGCCUGGAAGACGACGAGGUUUUCCUGGGCACCGAGGCCAGGCCCAGCACCACCCAAGCGGAUCCCUUCCGCCACUGCAGCGUGGAGGAGCUUUACGAGCUGCUGGAGACGCUGGGCAGCGGGCACUUUGGGGUGGUCCGGCGUUGCCAAGAACGGAGCACCGGCGUUUUCUACGCAGCCAAAUCCAUCAAGGUGCGGAAGCGCAAGGGCAGCCGGCUGGGGCUGGACCGCGAGCAGGUGGAGCGCGAGGUCUGCAUCCUGCAGCAGCUUCAGCACCCCAACAUUAUGCGCCUCUACGACGUCUUUGCCAACCAGGCCGAGAUGGUGCUGAUCCUUGAGCUCAUCCAGGGCGGCGAACUCUUUGACUUCAUUGCGGAGAAGGAGCUGGUCUCGGAGGACGGAGCCAUUGAGUUCCUGCAGCAGAUCCUGCUCGGCUUGGCCUACAUGCACGCCCACCGUAUUGCCCACUUCGACCUCAAGCCGGAGAACAUCAUGCUGCUUGAGAAGGACGCCCCCAGCCCCAAGAUCAAGAUCAUCGACUUUGGGCUGGCGCAGAAGCUGGAGGAGGGGGUGGCCUACAAAAGUCUCUGCGGGACCCCCCAGUACAUCGCUCCUGAAGUGAUCAACUACGAGGCCCUGAGCACAGCCACAGACAUGUGGAGCAUCGGGGUGAUCACCUACAUCUUGCUGAGCGGCAUGUCCCCAUUCCAGGGGGAGACGGAUGAGGAGACCCUAUCCAACGUGGUCUCCGGGAAUUACGAGUUCGAGGCCAAGUAUUUCAGCCAAACCUCGGAGAUGGCCAAGGACUUCAUCCAGAAGCUGCUGCUGAAGGAGCCCAGGGACCGAAUGACGGCCGCUGAAUGUCUCCUCCAUCCCUGGAUCAAGCCACUGACCCGCAAGCAGGCCAUGAACCGGAGCCGUUCCUCCAUCAACAUGAAAAACUUCCGCAAAUUCAACGCUCGCCGGAAGUGGAAGCUGUCCUACCACAUGGUCUCGGCCUGCAACCGUCUCGGCCGGCUGCGGCUCCUCUGCCUGCAGCAGAAGCUGGAGCAGGAGGCGGCGACGGCCCUGCGGGACUGCGAGAGUGACCAGGAAGACCAGCCCAGCAGCCCGGGGGUCUUGCUCCGCAGGCGUCGGAGCAUCUGUUCCUGAGUUCGGCAUUGGCUCCCGUCCACCUCCCUCCGUCCUUUGCCCAUGCUCAGAGGCCAGGAUGGCAGCCUCCUCUCCGGUCACGGGUGGGAGGAGGCAACGCCUGGCUCUUCUGAAUGGCCACAAGGGAGAGCGGGGGGGGGGUUCAGCUCCUCGGCACAGUGGGAGGAGGGACCUUCCCUGUCUUCCCCCUCCGGAUCACCUGAGCUCCUUUCCCUCCUCUUCAGCAUUUCACUUCUUGACCUGCCAGGGCGGGGCUGCUGUGUGCUGCCCCCCACACACCCCAGCAAGCCAGCCAUGGACGGGGGGGGGGGCAGCCUCACUGGGGUCCUUGAGAGGCACGGAGGCUCCCUUCUGAGAGGGGAGAGUUUGAAGAUUCCCUGAUGGGGCGUCCGAUGGGUCUCUGCUCUCCUAGACCCGUGUUUACGUGGUUGUGGGGAGAGACCCUUUUAAUGCAACGGGGAGGGUCUCUCGCUGUUCCCCCUACUCCUCCCCCUGCUUGGUCAAGCAUCUGACCAAGAGCAGCCUUGGGCAAGUGCCUGGCUGUUGUAAUUUUUUUUUUUAAAUACAUAUUGCCAAAAGGGAAAAAAAACACUAUUUGAA